AUGAAAAACAUUCUUGGCGAUCUCGACUUUGUGGCUCUUUACAUCGACGACAUUUGUGUGGCUUCGGCAAGUGAAGCUCAGCACCGUCAGCACCUCAAAAUUGUAUUUGAUCGCCUGCAGCAAGCCAACCUACAUAUUAACCCAACGCACCCCUUGCUUUCCUGCUCUCUCGCCAGCCAUUACGCGGUCGGAGCAGCGCUUCACCAGGUCAACGACAAACAACUGCAGCACCUGAGCUUCUACUAUAAUCGCAUCACGGAAACACAAAAGCGCUACAGAUCACGAGAAAGCAUCGCCACGGCAAGCGAGACAGUUGUCGUUUAUCGCCGAAUUCUGCACGAAAAUCGAGCAUAUUAUUGUUGCGUCCAAUACAGUGGCAGACGCCCUAUCCCGCAUUGCUGGAAUCGAACAAAUCGACGACGAGCUGCAGCAGCUGUUAAGAGACAUCGAGACUGGCAAAUCUUCGUUGCAAUUGCGUAAAUUCCAG